GAUUACCUUUCGAUUCUCCCUAUCUAGACACAGCCGUUCUAAUGAUAUUCGUGAUCAUGCCUACAUGGUUACACCAUACGUUUCAAAUGAGGACAUUGGAUACUUUUUACGACCCUGGCCCUUUAUGGAAGGAUUACAUCAUUUUCGGGAUGCUCGCCGGCUCCGAGCUAAGUUUAAGCAGCAUCGCAUACGCACUCCCGCUUCCGUCGUGGAUAUCGUCUAUACAUCUCUUCGUCUACAUUUUUUGCACUUAUACGUGCCUUACUUUGCUCUAUUUGUACGGUUAUAAACAAAGCAUUUGGAUGUACGUCGCGUCACCAAUAAUUGCCCCGGGAAGCGCUGUUUAUGCCGCAAUUUACUUGAUUCUGGAAGGCGAACGUGUUGGUACCGUUUGCUCCGAUCCGACAGUGAUACAACUUGUUUGCCCAUGGAAUCCGUACGCUUUAAGACAAUGCUGCGUGAAUGGUGGCUGGCAGUGUUAUUCAAAGAAGGCAUCGAAUGAAUUAUUGCACAUUUACUGGAGUCUGAUCUUCUUAAAGCCCCUAUAUAUCAUCCUCAUCGUCAUUAUGCAAAAAUGGAAUUCGAUCACUCAGUUGAUCCUGAUUGGGGAACGGCGUCGGCGUAAAAAGAACAUUAGCGAGCUAGAAGAAUUUCUGAAACAUGAAGUUGUUAUGGCAGAGGGUAAGGAUGAGACGCUCCUUCGGGAGGCGGCGAUUUUCGCUAAAGUUCAAAUUGAUCGGUUUCUUCGUACGGGCAGCGUUGUUUUUAAGGACGCCUGUAUUAAGGUGCAUUGCUCUCAACCAACAACUCUUAAUCUGGUGAUCGACCCGGGUUCAUGUUUUGGUAUCUUGGGCUUAGCGGGAGUCGGUAAAAGUACUCUGUUAAAAGUUAUUCGUGGCGAACUAAAGCUUGAAUACGGAACUGUGUACGUUAACGGAGCGCCGAAGACUGACCCGGCAAAGAUCGGUUAUUUUAGUAAGCAAAUAGAGGUUCCUCAAGAAAUGCAAUUAAUUGAGCUGCUCCUGACUCAUGCUGAACUGCAUAGAAUGCCUUACGCAUUCAGGCAAAACAGCGUCGAAGCACUGGCUACCAUAUUCGGUGUAGCUGACCGCCUUCGCAGCACGAUGUCUACGCUGACCAAAGGAGAAAGACGGCUCGUGGCUGUAAUGUCGGCAUUUGUGGGGAAACCACCCAUUGUACUUCUCGACGAGCCGACGGCUGAGGUCGACCUGCAAACCAAAGAGGUCAUCUGGAAAGCCAUUUCAAACAUAAGAGGCUACUGCACGAUCAUUAUUGCGACAAACACCUUGGACGACUUCGAGCACUUCUCCUUCGACAAGACAAUUGUGAUGGCUGAUUUGGAUGUGAAAAUGAUUCUGAAGUUCAAAGAAUUGGAGGCACGCGUGUGUCGGGGGUACUCAAUUACAAUUAAAGUUCACCAUUUAUCUAUAACAGAUUCUCGCCGUCGUGAGUACGGGUUUGAAGUCGAGCGCCGGGAACGUAUGCGUAUGCGGGAUUUGAUAAAGCCCAUUCGCAACUGGGUGCACCAUCGAUUGCCAAAAGCUGUACCUGUUGUUGAUGCAGGCGCCGUUCUCGAACUGCAUAUUAUCGACGAUUCUGUGGCCAUGUCUGAAUUGUUUUCGUUGAGGAACUUUAUUUGUAAACAAUUUAAUUAUAUAAACGAGUUCCGCAUCGCUCAUCUUUCCAACCACGACAAGCUGCGUCACAUUGUCGCCCGAGCAGGGCGGGGCGUUAUACACGUAACGCAAGGUCCGGUGCGAAUGUUAAAGGCUGGAAUACCGGGCCAUCUCAUUCAAGAACCAUAAAGUGAUCUGUGAUGAUUAUCUACAACCAGUAUCUACAAACGCACAGAUGGCCUACAAAGUGCCAAAGGACCUGCAGCGU